AUCUCCCUCUAUUUACUCUUUCAAAACCCAACCGCCAUAAACAUGGCGUACGAACAAAAUGGCAGACUUCCCGACCACCAAAACUGGCCGCGGCCGGAGCUGUUGUACAGUGAAGCUCUCCGGGAGCUUCAUGCAACGAUUGAGAGUGAUUGGGACUCGGUUAAACGAUCGGCUUGUCAGACGGCGGCCGGAAGGGCACUUUGGAAGCAUGUUGUGAAUGAUCAGCUGGCGGAGUUGUUCGCCGGAGAAACGUAUUUGAACAAUCUUUAUGAGAAGAUUAAGAAUGACCGGAUGAAUAAUGCGAGAGAAGUUUCUGGGGUGAUUCUUGCUGUUCGGACUUUAUGGUUUGAAUCCAAGCUCGAGGCGGCUCUUGAGUCGUUUGGCGGCGGAGCUCAGGUCGUUCUUCUUGGUGCAGGAAUGGACACAAGGGCAUACCGAUUGAACUGCUUAAAAGAAAGCGAUGUUUACGAAAUAGACUUCCCAGAAGUCUUGGAAAUGAAAGAGACGUUACUUCAAACAGCAAUAAACAACUCCAUAAACCCACAAUCAAAAUCCCUCACAAGAAUAGCAGCAGAUAUGAGAGAAGAAGACUGGUUCAAAAAGCUUCAAUCAUCAGGCUUCAUUCCCGAAAAAAACACAGUCUGGAUUCUUGAAGGAAUCAUCUAUUAUCUCCCUCAUUCACAAGCCAUGGGAGUAUUGAAAACAAUAGCAGACAAUUGCAGCCUCACAAAAACCGUUUUGUUAGCCGAUUUCAUGAACAAACAAUCAACAACACUUUCGAGUUCUAACUUUCAUUUCUACAGUGAUUGGCCUGAUCAUUUGCUACCUACUUUAGGGUUUUCUGAGGUGAAUCUUUCCCAAAUUGGGGAUCCGGAUGCUGAUUAUGGGUUGUUACAUGACCCGCUUAAUUUGUUUAAUAAAUUGAGAGGGGUACCGAGGUCAUUUCAGAACCACCCCGAUGAUGGAACGCCUUGCUGUCGGUUGUAUUUGGUGCAAGCUUCCGGUUUGUUGGUGUUGAUGUUGAUGUGAUUGAUUCUUUAAAGGAGUAAUAAAAAAUAUAUAA